AUGGGUCAAUGUGGAUUCUAUACCUACAGCAUUGUUGCCCUCCUUACAUGGGAGACUCGAAGGAAGGAUUUCUCAGUGAUGAUGGGUCACCAUGUAAUUACUGUUCUCCUGAUUGGGUUCUCAUACAUUACGAGCUUUUUUCGGAUUGGCUCAAUCAUUCUUGCCCUGCAUGAUGCGAGUGAUGUAUUUAUGGAAGCUGCCAAGGUUUUCAAGUAUUCUGAGAAGGAGCUUGCCGCAAGUGUGUUAUUUGGAUUUUUUGCUCUUUCGUGGCUCAUACUGAGGCUAAUAUUCUUCCCUUUCUGGGUUAUAAGGUCAUCAAGCUAUGACCUUCUUGACUGCUUGGAUCUAUCAAAGCCUGCUCCCAGAGCUCUGUACUAUGUGUUCAAUACAAUGUUACUGAUGCUGUUUGUGUUCCACUUAUACUGGUGGGUUAUGAUAUGUGCAAUGAUAAGAAGACAGCUGAAAAAUAGAGGAAAAGUUGGAGAAGAUAUAAGAUCUGAUUCAGAGGAUGAUGAUUAG